AUGGUGAUAGAGAUGAACUUUCUGGCCGGAGAAGCAUCGAGCAGCAACCGAAAGAGGCAACGAACACUUCCCUCCACUGUUGAAGUAGAAGAACAAGGCGAGAACGGUGGAAGAACGGCGAGUGAGAAUCGGAAUGUAGACGACGGCGAUGAGGUGAUAACGGAGGUACGGUCAGGGACGAUGUUUGAUCUGGAUCUUCUCGAGUGUCCCAUUUGCUGCACCGCUCUCUCUGCUCCGAUCUAUCAGUGUGACAAUGGACACAUUGCUUGCUCUUCUUGCUGUAUCAAACUGAGGCACAAAUGUGCAGCUUGCAAUUUGCCUAUUGGUAACCAUCGAUGCAGAAUCAUGGAGAGAGUUGUGGAAGCAAUCAUCGUCCCAUGCCCAAACGCCAAACAUGGUUGUUCAGAGAAGUUCUCUUACGGGAAAGAGUUGGUCCAUGAGAAACAAUGCGGUUUCGCUCUAUGCCACUGUCCUGCACUAGGCUGCAACUACGCAGGUGUGAGCAACGAUCUCUACAGUCACUACGCUGCUAGCCACAGGAGAGCAUGGGAUUAUUUCACGACGUUUGGACGUCCCAGGGUUAUAUGGCUGCGUUUAAGUGAGAAGAUUUUAGUGCUACAGGAAUUUGGAGAUGGUCCAUUGGUUGCGGUUCAAUGUUUCCAGGAGCCGAAUGGAGUGUAUGUGACUGUGAACUGUAUAGCUCCUUGUGCUCCAGGAUUUGGGGAGUACUCGUAUCGUCUCUCUUGCUCGUUUGGAGGUAAGACUGUGUCUUUUGGGUUGGCGGAGAUGAAUAGGAUUCGGAGAGUGAGCUUCGAAACUCCUGAAGAGGACUUCAUGUCAGUUCCUGCCUUCUUCAUGGCUCAGCGGGUUGGUUUGAAGUUGGAACUUCGCAUCAGCGAAACUGAUGAGACCGAAGAAGAAGAAGAAAAAGCUGUUGAGACUGGAGAAGAAGAUGCUGCUGUGACUGGAGAAGAAGAAGAAGAAGAAGCUGCUGGGACUGGAGAAGUGGAAGCUGCUGAGACUGAAGAAGAAGAAGCUGAUGAGACUGAAGUUGUUGACAAUGUUCGGAGGUCAACUCGUAAGAGGGUGGUUAGCUCCAAGUAUCAAGACUAA